ACCCCUCCCCCACCAGGAGGCUUAGCCCAGGGACCCAGGCCGGAAAACUCCAUUUCCCAGAAUGCCCUUGUCAGGACGUCAUGCAAGCCUCCCCCUUUACUGUAGAAGACUCCAUUUCCCAGAAUGCCCUUUCCUGACUUCUCGCCCGUCUUGCCUCUUCCCCACUGUGGCAGUCUCAAGGGAUGCUGGGAAUCUCCUGUGGCUAGUCUCAGCUCUGGAAGGUGCACAGGCGCACAGAGCACGUCUCCCCCCUCGGGGCUGCCACCCCCGGAAGCACCCCAGGGUGGCCCCGCAGAGAGCCCGCAGCCAGAGGAAUGGCCCCCGGGACCCCGAGGCCCCCCUCCCAGGGGUCCAUAACACUCAAGGAUGUGGCUGUGGACUUCACCCAGGAGGAGUGGCGCCUGUUGGACCACUCUCAGAAAGAGCUGUACCUGGAGGUCAUGCUGGAGAAUGUGCAGAAUCUACAGACUGUGGGGCUUCCAGUUCCUAGAGAAAUUUUUCUCUCCUGUUUUCAACAAGGGGAAGCACCAUGGUUACUAGAGCAAAAAGGCCCAAGGAGCUCCUGUCCAAAGGCAGAGACUACUUUUGAUGUGGAGAUGUCUACAAAGCUGAGCCUUUUUGUGGAAGGAUGUGGUCCCCAAAGAUGCAUGAAUGAGGGUCCCUGUGACUUCAUUUCCAGAGAAAUCUGUAACUCUAAUAACAAAGCAAAUAAAACUCAAAAGACUGAUGGUGAAUAUGAUGAAACUACAGAGAAAUUCAGCCAAUAUUCGGCCCUAAAUCAUUAUAUGAAAUUGACCUCAGGAAAUGACUGUUGUCAGGAUAAUGAAUACAGCACAUGUUUUCCUGCAGAACUAAUACUUAUUCAUUCGGUUCAGAAACCUCCUGAAAUGCCCUGGUAUCAAGGUAACUUAGAGGGAAUGGCCUUUGGCUGGAGUUUAGACCUCAUUAAACAUUCAAAUAAUAAAUGUGUAGAAAUGGUUUCUGUCAAUAAUAAAGGUGGGAGAUCUUUCAGUGAGUACUCUGAGCUUUGUUCACAUCAAAUAAUACACUCUGGAAAGAAACCUUAUGAUUGUAAAUACUGUGGAAAGACUUUCACAGAGAGGGGCUCUCUUGCUGCCCAUCAGAGAAUCCACACUGGAGAGAAACCUUAUGAAUGUAAACAAUGUGGAAAGGCUUUCACACAGAGAGGCCAGCUUACUGUACAUCAAAGAAUCCACUUGGGAGAGAAACCUUUUAUAUGUAAACACUGUGGAAAGGCUUUCACUCAGAGGAGCCAUGUUGUUGCCCAUCAGAGAAUCCACACUCAAGAGAAACUUUAUGAAUGUAAACAAUAUGGAAAGGCUUUUGCAGAAAGGGGCCAGCUUAUUGCACAUCAGAGAAUCCAUUUGGGAGAGAAACCUUAUGAAUGUAAACACUGUGGAAAGGCUUUCAGUCAGAGGAGCCAUGUUGCUGCCCAUCAGAGAAUCCACACUCAAGAGAAACCUUAUGAGUGUAAAUACUGUGGAAAGGCUUUCACAGUUAGGGACUCUCUUGCCAGACAUCAGAGAAUCCACACUGGAGAAAAACCUUAUGAAUGUAAACACUGUGGAAAGACUUUCACAGAUAGGAGCUCUUUAGCCAGACACAAAAGAAUCCACACUGGUGAAAAACCUUAUGAAUGUAAACAAUGUGGAAAGGCUUUCACACUGAGAGGCCAACUUACUGCACAUCAGCGAAUCCAUACUGGAGAGAAACCUUAUGAAUGUAAACACUGUGGAAAGGCUUUCACACAAAGGGGCCAUCUUGAUAAACAUCAGAAAAUCCACACUGGAGAGAAACCUUAUGAAUGUAAACAAUGUAGAAAGGCUUUCACAUGGAGGAGUAGUCUUGCUAAACAUCAGAGAAUCCAUACUGGAGAGAAACCUUAUGAAUGCAAAAAAUGUGGAAAGGGUUUCACAUGGUGGAGUGAUCUUAUUAAGCAUCAGAGAAUCCACACUGGAGAGAAACCUUAUGAAUGUAAACAAUGUGAAAAGGCUUUUGCAGAGACAAGUUCUCUUGCCAGACAUCAGAGAAUCCACACUGGAGAGAAACCUUAUGAAUGUAAACAAUGUGGAAAGGCUUUCACAUUGAGAGGCCAGCUUACUGCACAUCAGAGAAUCCACUCAGGAGAGAAACCUUAUGAAUGUAAACACUGUGGAAAGGCUUUCACACAUAGUGGCCAUCUUGAUAAACAUCAGAGAAUCCACACUGGAGAGAAACCUUAUGAAUGUAAACAAUGUGGAAAGGCUUUCACAUGGAUUAGUAGUCUUGCUAAACAUCAUCGAAUCCAUACUGGAGAGAAACCUUAUGAGUGUAAACAAUGUGGAAAGGGUUUCACAUGGUGGAGUGAUCUUACUAAGCAUCAGAGAAUCCACACUGGUGAAAAACCUUACGAAUGUAAACAGUGUGGAAAGGCUUUUGUAGAGAGGGGCCAUCUUUCCAGACAUCAGAGAAUCCACACAGGAGAGAAACCUCAUGAAUGCAAACACUGUGGAAAGGCUUUCACACGGAGGGGUCAUCUUGCCAGACAUCAGAGAAUCCACUCAGGAGAGAAACCUCAUGAAUGUAAAGAAUGUGGAAAGGCUUUCACAUGGAGCAGUGAUCUUGCUAAACAUCAGAGAAUCCACACUGGAGAAAAGCCUUAUGAAUGUAAACAAUGUGGAAAGACUUUUCCAUGGAAAGUCCCUUGCUGCCCUGAAUCAGAGAAUCCACACUGGCAAGAAACCUUAUGAAUGUAAACAAUGUGGAAAGGUUUUCACAUGGAGAGUGAUCUUGCUCAACCUCAGAGCAUCCACAAUGGAGAGAAAAAAAAUGUAAUCAAUUUGGAUAUGCUUUCAUGUAAACCUCCACUGUUGUUUCAUGUCAGAAAAUCUUCCCUGGUGAGAAAUCUCAUGAGUGAGACUGAUCUUAAUACUUGGCACACUUAGCUUAUGUAACACGAGGAACCACACUAAAGAGAAUCUUUAGGAAUAUGAUGAAUGUGGUUAGGCCUUCAAUCAACAAUCAUCUCAUAUUCCCAAACAAGAAUUCCUUUUAGAUAGAAAUCUUAUUACUGACAUGAAUGAAGAAAGACAUUGACAUGGAGAGUCCAGAGCUUGUUCAGUAUGAGAAAAUGUCCUCUGAACAGUCCAUUUCCAGAUAGAUUCCCUGUAGGAAGGCCUUCUGCUAGAGAUUAUCUCUUACUUCAUUUCAAAGGAUUCAUAGUGCAGAAAAACCUACUGAAUGUGCUCAAGGUGUAUGUGUUUUCCUCUAGAAGAGGGUGAUCACUAUUAUAUAGAGAAAUGUAAAUUAUAAUAAGUCUGAUGAACCACCCCACAAUUACUAGAUUGGCUAAUAUAUUUGAAAAAUUGACAAACGUUGGAAUAGAUAUAGAUAUGAGAUACUAAUGAACUAUUGAGUGGAGUUGUGAACUGAUUUAACCAUUCUGGAAAGAGCAAUUUUGAACUAUGUCAAAAGGGCAUUAAGAAGCAAAAAAAGAAAAGGACCUAUAUGUAUUUUUUUUUUAAGAAACGCUUAAAGCUGGUCUUUUUGGGGUGACAAAAGAAGUGGAAAGUAAGAAGAAGCUCAUCAAUUGAGAAUUGGCUGAGUAAAUAGUGGCAUAUGAUUGUAAUGGAAUACUAUUGUUUUAUAAUUAAUGAGGAGGAGCUCAGGAAACAUGGAAAGACUUGAGAACUUAUGCAGACUGAUUUUAGCAGAACCAGGAGAACACUACACAUUGUGACAACAAUUUUGUAUGCAGAACAACUGUGAAUUAAUGUAUUCUCAACAAUACAAUGAUCCAAAACAAUCCCAAAGGAAUCAUAAUAAACAAUUUUAUCUUUUUCUAUAAAAGAACUGAUGGAGUCUGAAUUCAGACCAAAGAAAAAAAAUUUUUUUUACUUUAAUAAUUUUUGUUGUUUGAGUUUAGUUCCACAGAAGGAUCAUUAUGGAAAAAUGUUUUAUAGGAUUGUAUAUGCAAAAUCUAUAUCAGAUUGCUUGACAUCUCUUGGGUUUGGGGGAGAAAAUCCGAGACUCAAAAGUUUUUUUAAAUAUUGAGUAUUGUUUUUACACAUAAUUAUUGUCAAAAAAUAAAAUAUGAAAUGAUGGAAAA